AAAAAAAUGGUAUACAGUUUUGGGGCAGGCUUGUGUAUUUAUUAUUUUUUUGCUCGGCUUGUUUUUACUCGGAGUGAGGGAUCGGAGUUGACAAAACAAAUGUUUGCCGUGGAGUCACGAAUCGGUGCAUCACAGUUCAGGUGGAUCUAGAGGAUGGACACGGAGAAGAGAGUCCAAAGGAGUACGCGCGGACUACACGAUCAGAUUUCACCGCUGCAUUUCACGAACCAGUAACAUCUAAACAUUUUCUCAGACUCGUGUGACAACAGCAGGUCGAUCACUGGCCGAUGGUUGUCCUGCCGCAGGACAUUAAGUGAGUGUCUGAUGCCGAGAUUGAUUCGUUACCUUGCUGCGAGUUGCUGUCGCGCUUAAGUUACCGGUUUAUAUGAGUUUUGAAUGCGUAAUGAGGCUUACAUUGGCGAGACCACUUGUUGAAAUCUAACAAAACUAAGUUCAGUGUUGUGAGAAAUAAGAUUGAUCGACUUUACAAUACAAGUGGGCCGUUUAAAGAGUCGACCGACUGUUUGUUGUCAUUUAUAGUUCGUUUGUGAUUAAUCGAUUGUGAUAUUUUGAUUGUGUCAUAUCGCUCAUUAGCUGCUUAGCUGUCACGGCUGACUUUAUCCUCUAACGUUAACGUUACCUGACCGAGCAGUAGCAAUCAAUUACACACAUUUAGACGGUUAUAUCACCAAAUUUCUAUCUUAAUUCAUAAAUAAUGGUAGACACUUACAUAUUUAUGCACAAUAACAAAAAUAUAACGUUAUGUAUUUUUAAGUGUUCUCGUCAGAAUCUAAAGUAUUUAGCUCGCUAGCUCGAGUCGUUAACGUUACUCAACUUGUUUCUUAAAUCCAAGUUAAAUAUUUAAGCUUUUCUGUUUGGCGUUGCACAGUAUUACACGUUUUUUCUCUAUAUAUUUUUCCCCACGAUACAAAGCAAGAGCUAGUUUACUGAUGCCAAACAAAACGGUGAUAAACGCUUGAAUGUUUAACGUAAACGAUGUCCAGUUUCCUGACAAACUUUUAGCAAAUUCAGCUCAUCGCAUUUAUACAAAUAUUGGCGUUGGAAUUCCUAUAUAUCAUCGUUACUUUGCACUUAAGAUGAAUUAAGUUCGUUAAGUUGUUAAUAAUACGGUUUCAUCGCGUUUUCCAGCUCAUUAAUGGUGGCAAAGCUCAUGUCAUUAAAGCCACAUCGUCAAACCUCUCUAAAGCGUCUGAACUGCACUCUUACACGCUUUUCAGACAUGGAAGGACAAAUUAAACACAUUUGAUUUCUCUAUCGACAACAUUCAACCGUCAGUUCCCUGCGAAGUUGAUCUCGAAACUCUGCGGCCCAACCAUGUCUGGAUCCCCGGGCUCGAGUGGCUCCAACCCGCGGAAGUUCAGCGAGAAGAUCGCGCUGCACAACCAGAAACAGGCGGAGGAGACGCGGGCCUUCGAGCAGCUCAUGACAGACCUCACCGUCUCAAGGGUGCAGUUCCAGAAGAUCCAGCAGCUCCGGCUGUCACAGAACCGGGCACAGUACUACGGAGGCUCGCUGCCCAACGUCAACCAAAUAGGCAAUGCCAGCACUGAUUUCCAGGGGACAUUUCCCUCCGGACUGGACUCUGUGCGAGGGACCAGACACCAUGGUCUGGUGGAGAGGGUCCAUCGAGACCGCAAUCGGAUCAACUCACCGCACCGCAGGCCCAUUGACAAACACGGGCGGCAGGCUGAGAGCUCUCCAUAUGGAACGAUGUACCUAUCUCCUCCCCCUGACAACAGCUGGAGAAGGGAUCAACCGCCAUGGACUGAAGAGAAACGCCCUGGAUUUAGAUUAAUAUCACAGCUUAACAGAACAAACUCUGACUCAGCUCUGCACACCAGUGCCAUGAGCCCAAACCCACAGGAUCCUUUUGGCAAGAACCAGCAGAUGGGAAGAGGACCUCCUCAGCGAAACGCCAGCAUGAAUGAAGCAGAGGUGGACAGUUCUAGAGACGUGUUCUCAUUUCCUGCUGUCCCUAAUGAGGAGAAUCUGCUCGGAGUGAAUAAGCCACUGCCAAAACAGUUAUGGGAGGCCAAAAAGGUGCAGUCUCUGUCCUCCCGGCCAAAGUCCUGCGAAGUGCCUGGAAUUAAUAUAUUCCCUUCUCCAGAGCAGAAUGCAGGUUUGUCUCACUACCAGGGCACUUUAAACACUGGCGGGUCUCUGCCUGACCUCAGUAACCUGCACUUCCCCUCUCCGCUGCCCACUCCUCUGGACCCCGAUGAGGCUGGAUAUCCCAACCUGAGCGGAGGCAGCAGCACCGGCAACCUCCCCGCAGCCAUGAUGCAUCUGGGCAUCGGAAACUCACAAGGGCUGUCAUCCUCUCUAAGCAACCCUUCGAUCCAGGCGUCCCUCACCAACUCUCAGCUACACUCAUCUCUCAGCAAUCCAUCAAUCCACACAUCUCUGCGUCUCUCCUCGCUGUCCAACCCUCCUCCGACGGGCAUGGCGAGUUCACCCAGGAGACGGCCAGCCCCCAUUAGUCCCCUGACACUCUCUCCGGGGGGCGAUCAGAGGCGAAGCCUGGGCAAGCAGCUUUCCCCGACAAUGUCACCCUCUCUCUCUCCGAUCACACAGGGUGUUGCCUUGGACACCAGAAACUUGCCGAUGGAGCCGCCCCCUCCCUACCCCCUUUACCAGCAAACCCAGCAGCCCAUGCAGCAGCAGCAGCAGCAUCAGCAGCAACCUCCUCCCCAGUCCCAUCCGUCUAUGCAGCAGAGCUCCCAGCAUCCAGGGGUGCAGCAACGACAAACAGGUGGCCAACAGCAGCAGCAGCAGCACCAGCCUGUGUCCCCGCUGCAGAGCGUCCCGCUCGACUUUAAUUCCAGUGCUCACAACAGCAUGGGGGGAUUUUUUAAUGAUCCCUUUAUGGAGCUGCAGUUUUCUGGACGUCAGUCCAAGUGUUCGUCCUAUCAGGAUCAGUAUAAUAUGUUGGAGAAUGUGAUGAGCUCUGUGGCUGGAGGAUUUGACCCUUCCUCCAACCUCUACUACUCCCAGGCUGCCCUCAUGGGCUUGGGCGGCAGCCAUGGAAACCUGCAAGACCACCUUCAGAUGAGGUCCAAUACGCUCUACUCUAAUUGUGGAGGAGGAGUGCCCAACAUCAUCCUUACAGGUUGGGAUGAUCAGACAGCAGGUCGUUACGACUCCAAUCCCAGCCUCUCUAAGGACAUCAGCAGCAUGUUGUCUGCGGUACCAGAGUGUUUGGACUCAGAGGGGGUUUUUCCACUGGAGGAUGAACUACGUAUUGAGCCUCUCAGUCUGGAUGGACUUAGCAUGCUCAGUGACCCUGAUAUGGUCCUCCCUGACCCCUCAGUAGAGGACAGCUUUCGCAGCGACAGACUUUGAAGAGCCACAUUUAUGCAUGUAUACAUUUAUACAUACAAGUCCACGGACGUGACGACUGAAGCACAGAACCUAUAGCACUCAGAUUCCUAUAAACAUAAAAAUACCUUUACAUUUUUUUAAACACAAAGCGCAUGCAUAAACACUACAUGCUGAUAUAAAGUGAAUCAGCAUGUUCGCAUGAGUCACCCAGACGCCGUCUCUCAGUGGCCGCCAUUGCUCAGCAUGCUCCAUCUGCCUCCCAAGACACCGAUCAUCACUCAACAGAUGUGUGAAACCAAUCUGGAUGCUUCACACGUGCUUUGACAAACAAACAAACAUGCAUGAGCACAUGAACCUGCCGUGCAUCUAGUGACAAUCACGACACCGAAGCCAUAGCAAUGCCAAACCGAUGCUUUGAUCAGGCUUUUGCAUUGCUGGUCUGAUUCAAAGCCAUGCAACCAAAACAAAAUGAAUGUGCUUGUUUUACACAUUGCUUUUUGAUUGGUAUCAGAAGGUCACACCAGCUUUCAGUAACAUUUCGGUAGCAGCAAAAGGAUGGGACCGUCCUGAAUGUGGAGACGGUGCGAAGAUGUCAAUAUGACGUGUAAUGGAACAGAAGUAGUCGACAGCCGGCCUAAUACCAGCCCAUAUUGAUGCACCAAAUGCUGUGAUAUGAGACACCAGCAGGAUGGGUUGAGCCUUCCCCCCUCGCCACACCACCCGAACUCUGUUUCAAUCCCAAGACCAGAACAUGUUCGGGGUAAUGAACCGUCUGCCUCGGGCUACUGAGUAGCAACGGUCUCUGGUGUCACUGCCUGAAGUUUAGAGCACGCUUAGCAAACCGCAUGAUAAUCAGCGAUUACAUUGAUGAGCCAAAGCCACUCAUACACGCCCCAGGCUGUGAAACCCCAGUCCCUCCUUCAGAAUGUGGCCAGUGCCCUUUAUUCAGAUGACAGGAGAUGAGAAUUCAAUGAAUUAUACCUCUCCCCCUGCACAGUCGCCUACUAUAAAGAGAGAGGGGGGGGAGGGUGUAGAAGAUGUGUAUAGAGCAUUAUUUAGCAUAUUUUUGGUAUAAAAAGAAAAACUAUAAAAGAGAGCUUUGCCACUUAUAUAUAUAUGCCUCACAAUUUUCUGACUAGAAUGUAUUUUUAAACAGAAAAAGGGCAAAUUGUUUACAAAGAUAACGUUUAAGAACUACGAAUUGUGAGUAGGCGCUGAAAUUUGUAUGAUUUUGGUAUAAAUCUAAAAGAAAGAAAAAAAAAACAUUUGUAUUUGGCUGUUAUUGAUCCAGUCCAUAGUUUGCGAAUAGAAGCUUUGGCUAUGCAGAACUUUAGCACAGGGCUGUCUCAGACGGCUGGAACAAUCUAGACCAUAAAAAGGAACUGUUUUACUUGUAUAUUUACUAUAUUUCUUUGUGCUUAUUUCAGAUUUUAUACCGACUUGUAAUGCAGCUUCUAAUAUGUCAGUUGUAUUUGUACUGUUCAUGUUCUCUCCCUUUGAACUUUCGUUGUGGACAUCUUUCUUGAACGUCUGUUGUGAUGGUAUUUGUCACCGUUGUUCAGCAUGGGCCCUCUCUCUGCAGCUCUGAUCCUUGUGAGGGAUUUUUAAGAGAAAAAAAACACUUUGGGAUUUUAAAAAUGUUUUAAAAGGUGUGAUUUGUGGACUUGGGACAUAUUUAUCAUUGUUAUUGCUCAUGUUGAAGUUUGCACUGAUCUGAACAAAAUUGAUCUGUUGGUUUUAAGCAGCAGUUUUUCUUUCUCUUGCCUUCUCAGCAUGUUAUGCAUGUGAGGACUUUGAAAUGAAUGCAAUAUAUUUUGUGAAUUACUAGAUUCAAAUGACCAAAUAUUUUGAGAUGAAGAAAGAUGUCUAAAUAUAGUUCAGGAAUGUUUUUUUUUUCACCAUAUCGUGAGUCAUUUUAUGCCCAUCUCUUGCCUCUUGACUGCCAGAUCUGGGCAAAAAACUGUUCUCUGUUCCCUCUUCUAUUUGUGUUUAUCUGUGUAGCUUUCUAUUCCACUUCCAGAGGUUGGUGAUAGAAAGCAAUAACAACGUUAUCUGUGUGCCAUGUCCACAAUUUU